UUCCUCCUGCAUCCAAAGACAUGCAAGUUAGAUGGACAUGUUAAACUUGAACCUGUCUGUAGUUGUGAAUGUGUUUGUAUGUGCCCUGUGACAGGUCCAGGGUGAACCCCACCUCACGCCCUGUGACUGCUGGGAUAGGCUCCAGCCCCCCGUGACCCUUAUUUGGACUAAGCAGUUGAAGAGAGAAGGAGCAUGGAUGAUCUGGAUGCAUUAGAAGUCUACAUCCCGAUGGAGGCGGAGGUGAAGAGCAUUCCAGUGUCGAGCUUACCGAAGACAAUGUUGACAAAGGAAAGGUUUCCCCUCAAUGGCUCCGAGGUGCCGCUCACAGACUCCCCGAACGCUGUGUGGAUUAGUCCGGCAGUCAUCCGGAUGAAAGGCCAGUUAGCAGCCACAAGAGAGUCCAUCGUCUCACUGCUGAGUGAAAGGCUUAAGACAGCACAGGGACCGUACAAUAUGGCUUUUGUCUCCUCCAACCAUACGGCUUACAGGGUGCUGAAGGACACCUUGCCUGGGAGUAAGGUUUCCUCCACCACCUCUCACACCCCCCUGUUGCCUCUGGGAAACAAGGCCCAAACUCGUCAAAACGUACUCGUUAUCCAUUGUGGUCAGAUUUACCUCAACAUCAAACGGCCUGCUUGUGGGUGUAAAGGAGGACGGAACAGGAUGCCCAACCCACCUAUGCCUGGAACCCACAAAAUGGACUUACUAAGCCAUGACCAGGGGAAGAGGAUGCAUACGACACAUGAUGUCCAACAUAAUGAAAGUCAGGACCAUUAUGAACCUCCAUCCAAAGUGGCCCAUCCUUCCAUCCCGCUACCUGCUGGUGUGUUUACAGUGGACAACCUGUGUCAGGAUGAGCACAGCCAGCCUGCAAACAGACAAGCAGCCAGAGAAAGUCUUUUGUUUCAUCCUCAAAGGGACAAGGGAGAAGUAGCCACUGCACUCGGCUGUCCCUGUGCGAGUCCGUGUGGCGAUCUCUGUGAGAGUCCAGAGGUGUCCAGACCAGUUGGUGGUCUCAGUGCAACUCCAGAGGUGACCAGACCAGUUGGUGGUCUCAGUGCGAUUUCAAAGGUGUCCAGACCUGUUGGCGGUCUCGGUGCGACUCCACAGCUGUCCAGACCAGUUAGCGGUCUCAGUGUGACUCCACAGGUAUCCAGACCAGUUGGCGGUCUCAGUCUGACUUCAGAGAUGUCCAGACCAGUUGGCGGUCUCAGUGCAACUCCAAAGGUGUCCAGACCAGUUGGCGGUCUCAGUGCGACUUCAGAGAUGUCCAGACCAGUUGGCAGACUCAGUGCGACUUCAGAGAUGUCCAGACCAGUUGGCAGACUCAGUGCGACUUCAGAGAUGUCCAGACCAGUUGGCGGUCUCGGUGUGACUCCACAGGUGUCCAGACCAGUUGGCGGUCUCAGUCUGACUUCAGAGAUGUCCAGACCAGUUGGCGGUCUCAGUGCGACUCCAAAGGUGUCCAGACCAGUUGGCGGUCUCAGUGCGACUUCAGAGAUGUCCAGACCAGUUGGCAGACUCAGUGCGACUUCAGAGAUGUCCAGACCAGUUGGCGGUCUCGGUGUGACUCCACAGGUGUCCAGACGAGUUGGCGGUCUCGGUGCGCCUUCAGAGCUGUCCAGACCAGUUGGCGGUCUCUGUGCAACUUCAGGGCUGUCCAGACCAGUUGGCGGUCUCGGUACAACUUCAGGGCUGUCCAGACCAGUUGGCGGUCUUGGUGCAACUUUAGGGCUGUCCAGACCAGUUGGCGGUCUUGGUGCAACUUCAGAGGUGUCUGCUGCAGACAGUGAUCCCUUUGUGAGUCCAGAGCAGAGCUAUGAAGCAUCUCAGAGUGCUGACAGUGCCACUGGCAGCCACAGCUGGACCCGGAAAGAUUCUUUUUCUACCACAGUUCCGGGUCAUGAGGUUGACUUUAAUGAGAUGGCUCAAGAUGAAAAGAUCGCAAGAAUGAAGGCCAAACUUCGAGAAAGUGAAGCUGCUCUCAGCAGACUGCAGUUGCCAUGCUGAAGCUCCAGAGUACACCGCGUUACAUUUAUAUCUUUUUUUUUUGUUUGGUUUUUUGCUAAUUGAUGUCAGUCUGUCCAUGUUGAUCAUAGACUGCACCUGUCCUAAACAAUGCUUGAUUGAUGUCACCUGUAGGUUUUCUAUAGAGACCCGGAACAGCUGAUAUGAAGACGUAUCUAGCUGUUGGCAGCCCCUCCUGCAUUGAUUCAUGAUGAACUCCUUUAAUGCAUAAAGGGGCGGAGCGUGGAGGGCUCAGUGUGUGAUGAAAGAACCCUGAACACGCCCUCGCUGUGAGUCCAAACCAGCUAAGGUAACAGGCUAGCCUUGGUUCGGCUGUUUAUUAAAUCCAAGCAGUAAACUUCAAUGCCAUCAUUUUCAACCUUCUGCGAAGUAAACAAAUA